CCCAGAGGGGAACUGGGGCCCUGCCUCCCGCUGUCCACAUGGCCCUGCUGCUCUUGGGGCUCCUGGUCCUCUUGGGCCUCUGGGGGCUGCUCCGUGCCUCUGCCCGCAGCCCCUCCCCAGCCCUGCGAUGGCCCCCCGGGCCUCGCCCGCUGCCGCUCCUGGGGAACCUGCACUUGCUGAGUGUUUCGCAACAGGACCGGUCACUGAUGGAGCUCUCCAAGCGCUAUGGGCCAAUGUUCACCGUCCACCUGGGCUGCCAGAAGACUGUGGUGCUGUCCGGCUAUGAGGCUGUGAGGGAGGCCCUGGUGGGCACCGGGCAGGAGCUGGCGGAUCGGCCCCCCAUCCCCAUCUUUCAGCUCAUCCAGCAAGGCGGGGGCAUCUUCUUCUCCUCUGGGGCGCGCUGGAGGGCUGCCCGCCAAUUCACAGUGCGUGUACUGCAUAGCCUGGGCGUGGGGCAGGCGCCCAUGGCCGACAAGGUGCUGCAGGAGCUGGCGUGUCUCAUGGGACAGCUGGAUAGCUAUGGAGGUGAGCAGGGGCUGGGACACCUCUCCCUGGGGUCCCCUGCCUGCCUGAGGCCCGUCUCCCCUGCAGGCCGGCCUUUCCCUCUGGCCCUGCUGGGCUGGGCUCCCUCCAACAUCACCUUCGCACUCCUCUUCGGCCAGCGGUUUGACUACCAGGACACCAUGUUUGUGUCCCUGCUGGGUCUCAUUGAUGAGGUCAUGGUUCUCCUGGGGUCCCCCAGCCUGCAGUUGUUCAACAUCUACCCCUGGUUGGGGACCCUGCUCCAGCUGCACCGGCCUGUCCUGCGCAAGAUCGAGGAAGUGCGUGUCAUCCUGAGGACUCUCCUGCAGGCACGGGCCUCCCCCACGCCCCAGGGUGGCCCUGUACGGAGCUAUGUGGAUGCUCUGAUCCAGCAGGGCCAGGGGGAUGACCAAGAGGGGCUCUUUGCAGAGGACAACGCUGUGGCCUGUGUGCUGGACAUGGUCAUGGCUGGCACAGAGACCACCUCCGCCACACUGCAGUGGGCCAUCCUGCUGAUGGCCAAAUACCCAGGCGUGCAAGGCCGUGUGCAGGAGGAGCUGGGCCAUGUACUGGGCCCUGGGAGGCUGCCUCGGCCUGAGGACCAAAGGGUACUGCCCUACACCAAUGCAGUGCUGCAUGAGGUCCAGCGGUACAUCACGCUCCUGCCCCACGUGCCCCGCUGCACAGCAGCUGACACUCAGCUGGGUGGCUACCUGCUCCCCAAGGGCACACCUGUGAUUCCCUUGCUGACUUCAGUGCUCCUGGACAAGACACAGUGGGAGACCCCAGACCAGUUCAACCCUGGCCACUUCCUGGAUGCGGAUGGGCACUUCGUGAAGCGGGCCGCCUUCCUGCCCUUCUCUACAGGCCGCCGAGUCUGCGUGGGGGAGAGCCUGGCUAGGAUGGAGCUCUUCCUGUUGUUCGCUGGCCUCCUCCAGCGCUACCGCCUGCUGCCUCCAUCUGGCAUCAGCCCCACUGCCCUGGACGCCACUCCUGCCCCAGCCUUCACCAUGCGGCCCCGUGCCCACACCCUGCGGGCAGUGCCCUGGCCCUAGGAGCUUCCACUGGGAAACUCCCAGGGGCUGCCCUUCCCGGGCCUCUAAUGUGGAUGGCAGGGGUAGGGGGCAGCGUUUCUGAGGGUGAGUGGCAGGCACAGUGCCAAGCCCCACUCCCACUCCAUGGUGGUCUCUGUGCCAGCCAUGACAAUGUCCAGCACACAGUGCCAGGCAUCUCUCUGGGCCCCACCUUGACCGCAGCCACCACAUGGCUUCCAUGCCACAGACCUGUCCAUGGUGGGUGGGGCUGUCCUGUCCAGUAUGGGCUGGUAACAACCUCAUCUGAAUACCACGGGGACAGAAGCACCCCUCCAUAGUCAAACAGCCUGACCCCGCCCAAGUCUGUGCCUCUGAAGCCCUGGGCUCCCUCCCAGGAUUGCACACAAACAUGGAUCCCUCCUCCACUCUUGCUCCCAGGGCAGCAGGACACCCCUCCCUGCCUUUCUUCCUCAUUCCUUACCUCCACUACCUGUAGGGGGCUCAUGUCCUCUGGUGCCUUUUCUGCAGUCACCCCUAGUAUGUCCCUCUGAUCUAUUCCCUACCUAUCCAGUUCCCUACCGGGACCAGUGUCCACCAGGCAUGUACAGUUUUGGGGUAUAGGGAAAUACAGGGUGAUGCCUAGGCUCAGGGGUGACGUCUACCCAGAGAUUGGUCUUAGUCCAGGAGUCCCAUGACCUACCUCAUUCUUGGUGCACCUGAGAGCCAUGCCCAGAGUCCUCUGAAUGUCACUAGUUGCUGCCUCCAGCCCCCAGUCCGAGCCAAGUGCAUACUCCUUAGAGGCCAGCUCACACUUAGCCUGAGAUGGGCACUGGGGCCAAGGCUUCAUGUCUGUCCCAACGCCUGGGGUUCUGGAACAAAUCCCUCCCACCCUGUGCCUCAGUUUACUCACUGGUGAAAUGGGUCACCACAACUGCAGGACCACUGAACUUUGAGGGAGGUGGGUGGAGAUGCUGAGAGUCCAGGGGCCAACCCCAAACCAGGGUGUCCACAGGGAAUGGAGAGGCUGCUGAGGAGGGGAGGCCCCUAACCCCAAGAGGGUCACUCUGCUGAUCUCCCCCAGGGCUGGGCAUAGGCAGCACGUGGAGGAAUGGAGGUCCCAGGCAAGCCCUUGAGCACUCCCACAGCCAUGCUCUGGACAGGGAGGGGCAGCCCUGAGACGCCUCAGGGGAGGUGGGCCACUCAAGGCAGCCACCAUCCAGGUCAGGCUGUGUUGGCAGGUGUGGUUCAAGGCCGUUUCAGGAGGCUGCUGACCCUGACCUGCUGUCUGCCAACCUCACGGGAUCCUGGUGCAGAAAGGGAGACCCACACCCUGACAUGCGCGAAGCACAAGAAGCUUCCCUUCUCUCAUGAUGCACCCAGGUCCGGGGCAGGGCCUCAGGUUGGGUGUUACCACACUGCCCACAGGGCUACCUGUCUCUCAGGUCUCCAGGCUAUAUGGGCUGGACUGGAGGCUUCGGUGCUUCUGCCUGAUUCUCAGCUCAUUUGUGGGAUCGUUGGGGGAGCCUCCCUUCACCAUUGAAGCGGUCGGCUCGGGGGUACACAACUGGGGUGCAGGAAAGCCAAGAUUGCCCCCCACCUGCCCUUGAUGGCUCCCAGGCCUUCCAGAGGCGGGGCUUCUCCACAGAGGCCACUAUGGACACUCGCAUGUGGUGCACCGUCUUGGGGUCCAGCCUUAGCUGGGUCCUGCUUUGUACCUGGCAAGCCUUCUUCAAACCCGCCUCGAUUCAGGCCAUUGUCCUGGGAGCCUGGUGGGCUGCAGGUGGGGACACUCAAGGCUCGCUGUGACAAGAGGAAGGGGGUUGGUCUUCUUGUCAGCAUGGUGGCUCCAGAGUCAGAGGGCUAGCAAGGGAAGGGGGACAGCUUCCAAGCUAAUUGCUACCUCCAGGAACCUUUCUUAGGGUCCUUCUGAUCCCCACUCAUCUGCCAAAUCUCUCUGCCCCACGCCUUGACCAUAACCUUGGUAGAGGACAGAGGAACCAGCUGCUGAGUGAGUGGAGGCCCAGUUGGGGAUGUGGAUGACACACAAAUAGCAAAGGGGGACCUUCUGAGCAAGGCAGGCACCCAGCCACAAGGAUUGGGGGAGCACUGCUUACUCAGGGUUGUGACAAUGCGGGCCAGUCAGUUGAGUGGGAUAGGGUCCCUGGUCCAGGGACUUCACAUGCACGAAAGGUGGCCCCUCCUAGAGAAAGAAAAGGAACUGUAGCCUUCCUGCCAUGGAGUAGCGCCCCGAGAUUGGGAGAGCGGCUGGCCCACACGAGCAGCACGACAUAUUUCCAGUCCCCAGAGCGGGGACAGCAAGUUCCCAAUAACUGUGGGAAGGUCACUGCAACAGAGGCUUGCAGGGACAAGGUGCUGACACUGUGGUCACGUGAAAGAGUGGGUCAAGGAGGUGAGGGGAGCUUGGCUACAUCCAGUCACGUGUUUCUGGGGAAGAGUUAGGCGACAGGCAUAUGAGUAUCUGCUCCUCUGUUCUCACGUUUGGAACCUGUCAUUUAAAGGUUGAGAGCAGAAAGAACGGCCAUCUGGGUGGGCACCCCACCUGUCCCAGCACCAAGGGGGAGCUUUUCCACAGAGCAAACUAAUCUCACCUGACCUCAACUUCAGCUGGCCCAAGGACUAUCUGGGGUAAUGCUGGCCCCUUCUUCCCAGCAUUGGGGAGAUUUAGCCGACACUCAAGACACAGGUGACGGGGUCGUGAGAUCAUCACCCAGAGUCCGAGGGCCAGUUGCAGCCUGGAGAAGCCCAUCUCCAGCAUGAGGCAAAAUUACAGCAUGUGCUGGAUUCUGGGUGGGAGAGCUGUCCACUAUUGCCCAUUGCUGCACCCUGGGGUGAUGCUGCUCACACCUGCCCCAGGAGGCCGGGAACUGGGCAAGUGGCUUGGAAGCAGGUGGGUGAAUCCCUGCUCUGCUGGGCAAGAUGCCAUGUAGGAGCAUUCCAGAGGAUUCUAACCUUAAUUACUACUCAGUGUGAAGGUUCUUUACUUUAUCAUCUGUGAUGACCACCCCCCCCCGCCCCCGGGCGAAAAUGAGGAGGGUAUGAGAGGUUAUGAGGUCCCUGCGGACAGAUACGGAAACCGAGGUUGGGGUGUGACUUGCGCUCAGCUGGGAGGCAGGGGAUGGUGACCAGGCAAUGCCUGUGCCCAGGAGCUGCCAGAAAACUUGUGCCACCAGGAGGAGGGUGUGGGGGCCAGCACCAGUGCAGAGCAGGAGGACAGCAGAAGCCCAGCCUGCCACAUCAGACAAGUCAGAGAGGGACAAUCAGGAAAAGAGAAAUACACAGCAGGCAAUGUUCCAGGAAGAAGAGCGCAAGACAGACCCAACACGGCCUCAGAACCGUGCCUAAACACAGAUCCUUCAAGAAACAGCGGACAAAAGCUACCUCCUCAGGUGCCCCAGUGGAUCCAUGAAGGUCCCACCACCCCAGUCAGCGCCUGCCCCUCACCCAGAGUUCCUGUGCCAGCCCACCUGCGCACCAUGGCUCCCAACACCAUUCUGACUUUUGAACAGUGGUUUCUGGUUGGUCAAGACGUGCACACACGGCUAAAGAGGAACCUUAGGAGGAAACAAACACUGUCACCUCAUGCUGCCAGCAGGCUUUGUCCUGCAGAUGUGUCUUUGUGACCUUUCUCCUCAAGGUGUGUCUGUCCUAGAGGUGUCCUGGGGAACACUAGUUUAUUAAAAUCAACUUUAGUGAGGAAUUAUGCAUGUUAGGCGUAAGGUCUGCCCACAGGCAUGUGAGGCCAUCUCCGUCAGGACAUCUCCGUCAGGACACAGUGCUCCACCUGGAGCCCCAUUGGCCCUUUGGAUCAGCUCCAUCAGUACAUUUUGCUCUGUUAGUGAGCAGCUCCUGGGACCUCAUGAGUGGACUCUGGUGGCACUUCCUUGUUUGUGUCCACAGUUCUUCCUUUGUGAUGUUAAGUGUCACUUUGUCCAGUUCCUGCGCAAUGGACACUGGGAAUACUUCCAGUUUGCAGGGGCAGAGGGGGAGAUAGCCAUCACUUGAGGUUUCCAGAUGCAACUUAUCCCUGUGAGCUGUAGGCAAGGCAAGGACUCACAGCCCAUCUAUUUUUUUUAAUUAAAAAAAAUUUUUUUAUGUGGUGCUGGGGAUUGAACCCAGUGCCUCACAUGUGCUCUACCACUGAGCUACAGCCCCAGCCCAUCGCAGCUCAAUCUUGACAUUCUGGUCCCCCCCUGGGGUCUCAUCAGAGAGUGGCACCUCUGAGUGGCAUCAAGGGACUCCUCAAGGAGCUGCCUUGGUCCCAAGUGAUCUCUUGAUCAUCUCCCUCUGCACAUUCUGCCAGAGAUGCUGUGGAGACAGGCACAGUGCCCUUCUCCAGCAGGUGACAGGGGAAUGCUGGUGUUGAAGUCAAGUGGGCCCAGGUCUCCAACACCGGUUUCCACAGACAGUGAGUCUUCUUCACAUUUCCCUUUCUAACUUGGCUUGCCAGAAAACCAAGAGCUGUUCUUGAUCUAUCAACCCUGAUUUUUAAAACAACCUGUCCUUCUUUGUACCUUGUGGGUCUUUAUUGCUGCCUACCUACUUCUUGGUGUACUAACCUAAGACGCCUCAAAGUUUGGCAACAGUGGAGCUGCACCCAACGGCACAUGUGUCGUUACCCUGGGCUGCAGGCAGCUGCUCUGCAGGGCUGAGGUGCCAGCAGGCGGAUCAUAGAUCCAUGGGGGGUGGGGGUGGGGGAGAACGGUCUGUUUGUGACUCCAUCCAAUGGCAUAAGGCCCAGGACUCCUCACAUGCUGUUCCCAAGGGCCACUGUGGGUCAGUGGCUACCACAUGGGUCAGGAUCUGUAGGCAUGCUGUAUGAUGAGCAUCUCCAUGGUGGAGGAGCAGAGCCAGGGCCACACACUGCCUGGGGAGCAGCAAGGAGCCCCAGACUGCAAGCAGGCGAGACCCUGGCGGUGAGACCCAUGGGUCUCCUCUAAUCCAAGAGUCUAGGGGAUCUGUGGUGACAGGUGACGAGGGGUCUGCAUGACAGGCUCGCCAAGGCUAGGAAUGGCCACAGGCUAUGACUGGCCUUGGGAGGAAGGGCUGUGCUUCUGUGGGGGCUGCCCCUAGCAAGGCCACCGCACGUCCCACUGCCCACAGGUGUGCACGUACACGGUGCUUCACUUCUGACCCAAGCGCUGGUGACCAGAAUCAGUCACCAGGCCUGGGGAACAACUCACUUUUGUCUCCUUGUGUAGCUGGAGUGGCUUGAAGGGUGAGUUUGGAGCACUCACAGGUAGCUUGCCCCUGUGGCUGGAUACAUGUCCCAAGAGCACCAGGUAGGGCUGUGUCCUCUAUCUGCCUCAGGAGUCCUGCAGUGGCUGGCUCCAGGGGGAUACUGAUUGUUCAGAGGGGGGACUGCACUCCAUUUUUAUUAAAGGCAUGUGCAAGGGCCAUAGGUAUAUUUAAGGACACCCUCUUGGGUGGCAGCUGAGGCCUGAGAAGGUGACCGAGGCAAGAUCUGGUGCCACUCCCAUUGGCUGAAGAGGCUGGGAACCACUGGGGCCACUCUUGGGCCCUGAGGUCUUCUGCAGGUAGCCUGGAUUCAGCCCCAGCCCUCCUGGCCCUGGCGGCUCUCCUCCCCAACAGCAGCUUCUCCCUGGCUGCCCAGCUCCUGCACAUCCCAUGUGACUGGACAGUCAGGGGUGGGAACCCCCGUUCUGCUGUGCAGGGGUAUGUCCUGGCCAGGAUGGUCACUACGAUACCUGGAAAAGGCAACCUGAGAGCAGGGAUGCUGUCCUGAGAAGCUCCUGCUGAAGAUAGAAGUGACGGCUGAAGCAUGCCUACCCGGACAGCCCUCCACAACCUCUACCACAGAGUGAGGACAGGCUGAUUUUUAUUGAAAAUGGGGCAGCACAGGCACAGGCUCCAGACAGCUGCCCCCAAGGGUUUCCCUGAAGCCAGGCUGGAGGCCACACAAGGAGGUGAGGCCCACGCUGGAAGGGCUGUCAGAUGGAAGGUGCAGGGAUUGACUUGGGGACCAACACCCCAAACACCGAGGAAGCACAGCUGGUGGGGAGGGCCAGUUCUUAAAUACCCCUGGUAGAAAAAUAGAUAUCUGGGUUUUGGGGCCACUUGGGGCUGGAGCUGGUGUCCCAGGGUUUUUUCACGGAGAUCAUGCUGUUCUGAAGGUACAUAGACCUGGUCACCCAUGAAACCAGUCCCUGGUCAAGGCAGGUCAGGAGUUCAGAAGGAGGGUCCAGGGGUCCUUCCAAGGGUCUGGUGCCCAGAAGCCCAGCUCUAAGUGGCUUGACCUACUCAUGACCCUCUUUUCUCCUUUUGGACCAAUGAAGACCCUCAGUGUGUCUUGAAGAGCCCAGGGCAGCCGAGUGCCACUCCAUCCCUGCACUAGGACAGCAGCUGCAGCACCUGUCGGAGGCGCUGGGCCUUCUCCAGCAGGGCGGCCUCCGAGCCCGCUUCGUCCAGCUCCUGAAUCAGGGCUUCCGCCUUCUGGACCGUCAGCUCCCGGGCCCUGCCCUUCAGCCCCUCCAGGUGCCAAUUCAUGGCGGGGAAAUAGUCUUCCAGUGGUGGCAGAGGAUGCUAGGCACCCACCCACAAGCAAAGGCACAAAGUUGGAGACCUUCUUUAUGACAGACAGAUGCAACCUAAGCAACUGGUGCUAUAAGAGCUGGAACUAUAACAUUCUUGGGAGAGAGUGUGGAUAUUUAUCUCUGUGACCUGCCACUUUGUGGGGGAAAUGAAUGUCCUCUGAAUUUGUUCCAUUUCAAGAUCAGUGAAACCAAUGCACACCCACCAUGGCAGCCACAGAUCUGUGCCUGGAUGUCCUGGCUGAGAUGGGGACAUAGGUGAGACAGGCAUGGCCCUCACCUGGUCUGUCUGCAGACACAGGUGUCCCCUGCACCCUAACACAUACAGCGCUCCUGAGAUGCCUGGAACGGUGUACAGGAAACUCAAGGGUGCUGGUGUGGAAGGAAUGCCCCUGGGUGCCCGCGGGAGUGUGGAGGCUACAUGACUGUGGCCUGUAGGGGCUGGGCCAGGCUCAGACCCCUUCCCGGCUUGGGGUUGUGUGUCUAGAUCCCAUCUCCCUCCAGGAAAUCAAAUCAGCUCUGAAAAGAAGUGUGCACCUGUGCCCUGCACACACAGCAGGGGCCUCCACAGGGUGCAGGUUUGCCUGGGCCCUCAAGGCUGGAGCCAGGGUUCUGGCAGGGGCACGAGUCAUUCUGCUUUAAAUGUAGGUGGGGGGAAGGCUGGGCUCCCCAUGGGACCAUCAGGACAGUCUUGCAGCUUGUGACCUCUGCACAGGCCUGCCACCUGGGAGACCCUUCCCCUGGGGUGUGCACAGACCUUGUCGCUGUCGUACAUGUGCAGCAGGAGCCACGUCUGCCUCGUCUUCUGGAAUUUCCAAUUCUUAUGCUUUUGGGCCCACCUGAGGAAAUCGAGACAAGCAUCUCAGAGUACGGACUGGCCAAGCCCCUCCUGUGCUAAGGGCUGAAGCUGUGGUAUCCCGGGGCCUUGUACAGCCCCUCUCUGAGGUGAGGAGCUGAAUCUGCUGGGGGCAGCAUGGUGGCGAGAGUCCUGGUCAGGAAGAUGUGCCAGCUCAGCAGGCUGUGGGGCCCCUUGGAAAACCUGGGGUUCCCACAUUGUAACAGGAUAUAAAGGCUGGAUGGCUUGCGGCCAUUUCUUUCAGUCCCACUCAUCUGUGACCUCUCAACCAUAAAGUGAGCAUUCUGAA